GGGUGUGGCUGGUCUUUCACAAGUGCUUAUAAACUUAAGCGGCAUAUGCGGAAACACACGGGAGAGAGACCAUUUAUGUGCCUCCAUGAAGGCUGCCUUAAAUCAUUCACAAGAUCAAGUCAUUUAAAGACCCACAUGCUUGUCCAUACAGGAGAAAAACCUUAUGUUUGCCCUGUGGACGGUAAGGUUGUUUUCCCAAAUGAAAUUUAUUAUGCAUCCCUUUUUUUGUUAAUUAUCACUUAAAAAAAGAUGUGCAAAAACCUUCUCUUGGAAAUUGAAUGGGACACAAUUCUCUCCUCAAGCACUGGAGACAAAAUUUUAAUUUUUAUUAAGUCGUUCAUAGCCAUGUAAUGUACUCUGAGAAUCACAAUGAUUUUUUUGCCAGAGACUGAAAUUCAAGUCUUACAAAAUUUGAUUUUCCCAUUCUUGCGAAUUUGAGGUGCCCACCAAAACUGGAUAGCUUUUGGACUGUUCAUGAUCCCCUAUUUUUCCACAAAAAUAGUUGUUAUUGAGCACUUAUAUCAUUACAGGUGGCUAGCUUGGUCUCAUGUAGCGAGGGGGUGGGUGUCAGAAUUUAUAGUAGUAUGAGGGAGGGAGGUGAGAAAAAUAAAAAUAUUUUAUUAUGUUAUUAGUAAAAUUUAUUAAAUAUUGUUCUCGCCUCUUCCCAACCAUCCCCUGCUCCCAAAGUAAAUUUGAAAUGGUACAUUUGAAAGUUGAUCCUGACAAUCGUACAGAAAAAAGGGCUCUGUGAACAGUCUGGAUAGAUAGCAAGGGAUUAUUCACAUGAUACCAAAAUGACUUUCAUUCUGGAACGAGUUCACCCCAUCUUAAGAUAAUUUUGCUGUAUUUUUUUACGCGAUGCCAAAACAACCUUUUGGUUCCCAUACAAGUCAUUCCGGUUUUCAAUCCGAGUGAAUGAAAUUCUUGUUCUGGUAUGAAAUUUCAUUCUGGUAUCAUGUAAACUGAAAACCAACUUCAAUUCUGGAUUGUAAACUGUGUAAAUCACAAAUUGUGUAGUCUGGGGUAAGUGGCACAUGCGUAUCUGAUGUGGUGCAAAAACCAUGCAAGCAAGAAUAAGCCAAACCAGUGAAUUUUAUGAUGUGAAUGCACUACGAACUUCAUUCUAAUAUAAAUGCGAAAUGGAGGGGUGCGGUAAGGUGUUCUCUGCCAAUGGGACUUUAACAGCCCACAUGAAGAUUCACAGUGGAGAAAGACCACAUGCAUGUCCUGUAGAUGGAUGUGAGAAAAGGUUUACAAUUAGGCAUCGAAGUUAAAGCUGCAAUUGAGGUCACAUACGGGUGAAAGGCCAUUUCACUGUGAAGUACAGGUAUAACUAUCAUAUGUUUACAGUCGAACCUCUCUCUACUGUAUGUCUCACUUCAGCGCAGUGUAUAAAUGAGUGCUGACUGCAAAAUGGUGGGUAUAACCCUGUGAUAGACUAGCUUUCUAUCCAGUGGGGAGUAGUAAUACCCCUAUAAAAUACUUGCCAAGUGUCACGCCUAAGGCGUGAUUGUCAUGCCUGUGGAUCGAAAACUUGGAUCUCACGCCUACUCACACCUGUGUUACGAUUUGUCAUGCAUGGUGGAAAAGGUUGAGCCAUUACAGCAUUAACUGACACAUUUGAAGAAUAUAUUAGUUAUUUAAACAAACGAGAACCAAAGAGAGAAAAGAAAAGUGUUAAUGUGGAUGAUCGACUUUCUCCGAAUUCUCUUUUUUUAGUAGGGAAGUCGAUGUUCCUUUGUGUUCCCAUGUUCGUGUAAGACGGAACACUUAGUAACAUCUUCGGAAGUCCUCAGAAUGUCUUCGGGCAUCUUCAGAUAUUAUUAUCAGACCCUACAAAAAAUCUUGGCACUCUUAAGAUAAAAAAUGUCACACCUAUAAACGUAAAAAGUUGGCAGGUAUACCCUAUGUACUUCCGUUAUACACUCUGGCCUUAUAGGCCUCUUUGGCUCAAGGUGCCCUUUAACCCUUUAAGUCCCAAUAUCCAAAUACAAAUUCUCCAAAAUGGUCCUCAUACAUUUCCUUAGAGAAUGAGGUAAGAGAAUUUGGUAAAAGAUCAAGGUAUUUUCUAUUUGGUGAUCAUUUUAUUAAUUCUCAUAACCUAAUCUCUUAACAAUGUAUGGAUAGUGUUAGGAGAAUAUUGAUGUUGGACACCAUUGGGACUUAAAGGGUUAACCAUUUUUAUCCUACAUGUAUUUUAGGUACCCUACUCCCCUAAAUGUCUCUCUUUCCUGUCUGACAGUGAUUGUUGAGAGAUUUGAUUCAUUUCACAGUGUCUUUUUUGUUCAGGGAUGUGGCUGGUCUUUCACAAGUGCUUAUAAACUUAAGCGGCAUAUGCGGAAACACACCGGAGAAAGAUCAUUUAUGUGCCUCCAUGAAGGCUGCCUUAAAUCAUUCACAAGAUCAAGUCAUUUAAAGACCCACAUGCUUGUCCAUACAGGAGAAAAACCUUAUGUUUGCCCUGUGGACGGUAAGGUUGUUUUCCCAAAUGAAAUUUAUUAUGCAUCCCUUUUUUUGUUAAUUAUCACUUAAAAAAAGAUGUGCAAAAACCUUCUCUUGGAAAUUGAAUGGGACACAAUUCUCUCCUCAAGCACUGGAGACAAAAUUUUAAUUUUUAUUAAGUCGUUCAUAGCCAUGUAAUGUACUCUGAGAAUCACAAUGAUUUUUUUGCCAGAGACUGAAAUUCAAGUCUUACAAAAUUUGAUUUUCCCAUUCUUGCGAAUUUGAGGUGCCCACCAAAACUGGAUAGCUUUUGGACUGUUCAUGAUCCCCUAUUUUUCCACAAAAAUAGUUGUUAUUGAGCACUUAUAUCAUUACAGGUGGCUAGCUUGGUCUCAUGUAGCGAGGGGGUGGGUGUCAGAAUUUAUAGUAGUAUGAGGGAGGGAGGUGAGAAAAAUAAAAAUAUUUUAUUAUGUUAUUAGUAAAAUUUAUUAAAUAUUGUUCUCGCCUCUUCCCAACCAUCCCCUGCUCCCAAAGUAAAUUUGAAAUGGUACAUUUGAAAGUUGAUCCUGACAAUCGUACAGAAAAAAGGGCUCUGUGAACAGUCUGGAUAGAUAGCAAGGGAUUAUUCACAUGAUACCAAAAUGACUUUCAUUCUGGAACGAGUUCACCCCAUCUUAAGAUAAUUUUGCUGUAUUUUUUUACGCGAUGCCAAAACAACCUUUUGGUUCCCAUACAAGUCAUUCCGGUUUUCAAUCCGAGUGAAUGAAAUUCUUGUUCUGGUAUGAAAUUUCAUUCUGGUAUCAUGUAAACUGAAAACCAACUUCAAUUCUGGAUUGUAAACUGUGUAAAUCACAAAUUGUGUAGUCUGGGGUAAGUGGCACAUGCGUAUCUGAUGUGGUGCAAAAACCAUGCAAGCAAGAAUAAGCCAAACCAGUGAAUUUUAUGAUGUGAAUGCACUACGAACUUCAUUCUGGAAUGAAAGUCAUUCCUGAAUGAAAGUCAUUCUGGUAUCAUAUAAACAGCCCCUAAGACAGAGAAGUUUAAUGUGCCUGUUUAUGUUUUUUUUAAGGGUGCAACAAGGCAUUUACUGCAGGAAGUAGUCUUAAUGUACACAUGUGUAAACACACUGGUGAGAAACCAUUCAAGUGUGAUAUUGAUGGUUGUGCAAAGACCUACACCACUGCUGCUAACUUAAGGGCUCAUCAGAAGCGACAUGGAAUGAAAGCCGUAGUGGGUAAGAACUUAUACAUGAAGUUCUGGCAAUAAAGUUAAUACUCUCGCCUGUAAAGAAUGAAAUCAACAUUUACUAUUCAUAUGGAUAAAAAGAGAUUUUGAAGCAUGGGCAAGUUAGGGUACUUUUGGUGCUUACCUUUUGAUAGAAAAACUUGAAUUGGUUAGGUUGCCCAGUACAUGAUGAUAUACACUUUCCCUGCUGCCUGCAGAAAUACCCUUUUCUUUUACGCUUUGAACUCAACAAAGGCAUGAAUAAAAAGCUUAAAGGAAAAUGUAAAACAAAUGGUAAGCGAUAUUCCAUGUGGCAGCUGUAACCACAUGACAUCCCUUAAGUUUGUUAUUGUUCUGUCUUUAUCUCCUACCUUUCCUCCUUGCUCUAAAUGUCCUUUAUUAUACUGUGGUUACUUUUUCUACCUUCCUUUUUUUCCCUACAGUUGAUUUCAAUGAUGCUUCCCAAGGUGACAUGCCUGUAGAGCUUAGUGUAGUUAGCUGCGGGAGCAAUGCUAGUGAAACAGAACCCGAAGUCAUGUACACCACCAUCAGUUCUUUCCACCCAAGCAAUUUUAACCUUGAUGAUGCUGCACGUCUUUCAGCAGUUGGUAUUCAUAUACCCCCUUCAUUGCAGCCAAACACAUUGUGUGCCCUGGUAACUUCCACAGGCAACCCACUUGUGUCUCCUUCGACUGAACUUGCACUGGAAACAGAAAAGAAACAGUCAGAAGAUGGAGAAAUGAAGGAAGCAAGUAUAUCAGGAAUUCAAGUGCCAAUCUCAGUUCAACAAGAGCAAUUUGUUACCGAGGACCUAGAAAAUAAUACAAAACUUGAUGUAACAGAGUUCGUCGUGAGAAGUACUAGCGAUGACACAAUUUCACCUGCCGCCCAGGUAAGGACAGAGGUGGUUGUAGUGGACGGAACCAAGCUCUCUGGAAACUUUGAUUUGUGUAUAACCAGCAUGAUGAGUCAUAUAACAAGUGAAGCAGGACAAGAUGGAACUGGAGGACACGCUGCUGUUAAAAGUGUUGUGUCAUCAAGUCGGUCUCGUAAAAGAUCCAAAACUCUUGACUUUCGAGAUGUUCACCCUGAGAAUCAGUUUGCGCCGCCUGCUGUUAUAUUUCAGGUUUGUUUGUAAGUUUCGUAUGUUAAGCCAUUGGCCCCUGAACCGCCCGUGUGUACCCGAGUUCCUUCUACAGGUUGUAACGUCAUCAGGACAACUUUGUCAUCUCACUUGUGCAGGGUGAAGAGAUCUUCAAACCAUAUCAGAAUGAGCAAGAUCCAGUCAAGGAGGCCGGAGAAAAGGGCAAAAAAAACACGUAACGUUAACCCGAAAAUUCCUCUUGUUCCACUACCCACCGACCUUUCCUUUCAUCUAAUCGCAAGAUUCUAAAUGCUUUCCUAAAUUAAAAGCUUUUCCCACCAAAAUGAAGCCUUCUAAAAUGCCCAGUAAAAGAAAAAAAAGUGGAGGAAGAAAAGCAGAAGAAGAGUGGAGGAGAUAAAUUUUGCUUUCUGCGCAUACCUGAGCUUCAAAAGCUAUUCUCUUGCAUCUGGAUCCUUGGCUUCUUGACGUAAGACAUUUCAUAAACCUUCAUUUUGAGCUCCUGAGGUUACAUAAUUAUUAUGCAAAAAAAAAGCGAUUGUAAUUUGACAUCUGUUGGUUUGCAGGAUGAAGUCAAGUCCUCAGACACUGAAAAUGAGGCUGAAGUCUUAGUGGCUCAAAUCCAGCAGUCCCCUGAGGGAACUGCCACGGUUCAUAUUCCCAGGGAUUCGUUUCAAAUCAAUUUACCCCACGGACCAGUAACUGAUUCAACAACAGCUCAUGUACCGGAAGUGGAACAUGUGGAUGUCAAUACAAGUGGUAACCAUGGUAACACCAUUGAGAUUCCUUUAGAAUCUAGUUCAACACUACCCGAUGCGUCUGCGCAAAGUGAAGUUAUGGAAAAAGGAGGCUUAUCUCCAUAUAUGGACAAUCAAAGCUCUUCAGAGCAAGACGAAGGGAAGGGAGACACUUAUCCAGAAAGCACAAUUAAUUUACGAGACCUCCGAUAAUAUAUACAUAAUUCAUAGCAACAACAAUUGUAUUUUGUAGAUAAUUUUUCUUUCUAGCUCGAUUUGAUAAUUUAUUUAGUAGCCUUAUUUAAAGAGGUUAAUUGUCGAAAUUAGAAAUAGCGUUGGAAAACGUCAAAAGGUCAUCACAAAGAAUCGAUUAUCGACAAUCAAAUCGUAUCCACUGUCUUUACAGGGCGUAGCUGAAAAGACGAGACGCUGGUCACCACGUAGCCUGCAUAACAGGCGUUACUUUUUUUCUGGUUUUUUAGGCGAGCGAAGGCAAGCGCUAAACGAGCAGGGAGCGCCGGACGCGCGCUACGGAGGCGCUCCUUGCUUUUUUUGCCCUUGUCUUCGCUCACCUGAAAACCGCGAAAAAAUAACGCCUGUUAUGUAGGCUGGCAAUCGCUUGGACAAAAAAUAUAUGUAUUAGAAAUAGUUUUUCAUUGACUCUGAAAAUUGACUGAUGUCAGUCACAGAAAGUAUAAGAUCAAGUGCCGGUAUGCGGAAUAAUGAUAAUAUUAAGUAUCAAGUAUUUCCUCACGUUAUUGACAAAUUUCUGAGUCAGAUCUUUUUUUAUGAAACAAAAAAAUUAGAAUUACCUGCAAAUGACCAAAUAGCUUUUUCGCGACGUUUCACCUUAUCAUACGGCUUAGAGCACUUGAGUCAGUGAUAUAAUUUUGAUGGAGAAAAACAAAGACUGUAACUAUAAAUAGACCUAAUGAAGAGAGAACUGAUAAUCAGCCCUUAACACCUGUUCUUAGAUCCAUCUACCAACAUGGUGGCACUUUUUAGAGCUCCAGCUUUCCUGAUCUGUCAAUGCUGUGAGCUCUAGAUGAUCAUAUCUUUAUAAUGGGAAACUGUUAGAGAUUAAAGUUGUGGAUGAAGAAGACACAUCUUAGCUAAGCCGCGUCUUAUCUCAAGCGAAAUGUGCAGUUUAUACG